AUGUUGCCGUUGGAACCUGGGGAGGCAAUGCCCUGGGUGGGAACAUAUAUUUGGGUAGCUUCUUUGGUUUGCACUCUUGCCAUGGGAGCGGAUGUUUUCCACGGCUUUAGAUUAGGAAAACUAUGGUUUCCAUGCAGGUUUUUCACAGUCAAUGCAGUUUCUAUUACAGUGAUUGCCAUAACAAUGAAGCUGCCACUAGAUUUAAAUGCAAUCACAAAUUCUGACAUCCUUGCAAAGAAUGGCAGCAUUUGUUUCUUGGUCACCAUGGUAGCCAAUUUUCUUCCUUCUUUGGGGCUUAUGGGUGACAAAGAACUUCUCAUUAACAUCAUAGCCUUUGGUAUUCUAUUAAUUACCAUACUUGUUAAUGUAUGGAUCCUAGCUUUUUCAUGGGCGGCGAGUGGUUUUGCUGGUAUGUUCAUAUUACCUUGUCUGUUGACAUUUUCGGUAGCCUUGACAGUGCCGGCAUCUAGACGAAACUUAGAACUACAAUACAAAGAGUUGCGCAGAUUGGCUCCAAAUCAUGAUGAGAUGAAUUUUUCUUAUGAGGAGCUUGUUAGUUAUGUUAAAAUGUAUUGGAUGAUGGCAGAAACAGGUAACCCCCAAUUUGUGAUAGCUUGUUCACAAAUUUCUUUUACUUUAGGGGUCUUAUGUUUUGUUGCCGCCAUCAUGUGGAUUUUAUAUCCGGAUACAUACUCUUCAUAUACUUCUAACCAAUCGGAAUCAUCAGAUUAUAAGCGAUCACUUGGGACUAUUUUUUUGGUGCAACUACUUGGGGUUUCAAUAGGUUGUCUGGCACCAAUUUUUAGAUGUUUUACUGUCAUAAGUUAUUUCAAGCCUUCUAAGAAAUGGAGCAAGAACCAUCUAAACGUCUUCAUAGUUGAGAAACAAUGGAUAGAAAGACUUCAGCAGUGGAAGGGCAUCCAUGUUCGUUCACAUAUUCCAGGCCGCCAUUGCAAAAAGGUUUUCCAUAUGGUUAAAAAUAUGAUUUUAAAUAUCUGUAUUUCACUUCAGAUAGUGGUUGCAGUUAUAUGUAAAUCGAUGUGUCUUGUUCCAAGAUGUUUCCUGAUGUUAUUCUCUUACUGUUGGUAUCUCUGCAUAUCAUUAUCGAAACGUUUUAAAUGGAGGUCAAGAGCAUCCAAUGAUUACAUAUCUGAUGAAGAGGUGAAAAAAUUUAGUAAGUAUGUUCUAUUAGCUGAAAAAGAGGCGAAACUUUCAGAGAGGAUACUGAAAAAUAUGCUUAUCUCUAUAACUAAAAUUAUCAGAGUAUCUGCAAAAAAGGAGCCUGCGAAUCUUCUGACGCUUUUAGAUAAAUCCAAAGGAUUCAAUGGAGUAGCAGAGUUUGAUGAUGAUGAAGUUCCACCUUUAUAUCCUGAAGAAACCCAUAAUUGUUGGAGCCUAGUAGCAGUAACAUUAACGACAAUUGCAAUUGCACUCCCUAACAUUUCAAAUAGCCAUGUCAAAGAUUUACUUGCUAGUAUGCAGGAAGGACUCCAAAUCGUAAGAUAUAUUGAAGAAAGCCUCAAUGAAAAUGUCGACUUGGUAGAUGCCAGCAAAGCAGCUGGACGUUUAUGGACAGAAGUUGAAGUAUACAAGAAGUGGCUACAAAUUGAUAUUCAAAAGAAGUCUAGCAAGGGAAAACCAUCAAAGAAGAUUCUUCAAUGUUUCGGUGAUGAAGCCGUAAAAAAUAUGAUGGAGUUUAAGAGGUCCGAUAAGGAAAGUCUAAAUCAUUCAUUUCAUACUUUUAUUACUUCUAGUUCCAUGUAUAGAAUUAGUCAAACCAUACUACUCCGAUACAAUAAGCUAGAAGAUUGGCCAAACGAUGAAGAAAUUUUUGAGUGGAUAUCACAAACAAUUGCAGAUAUGUUAUGUGCUUGCUUUACCAACCUACCACGUGUCAUAAAAAUGAAGUGUCAUCAUGAUGCAAUAGAGAAAAGGGGGGACAACAUUCGGAUUGCUGCUCAGCUUCUUGGUAAAUCCAAAAAUAUUCUUAAGAUCCUUAAAGAACGCCAACUUCCAAACUUAGAUAUGGACUCUAUGGCCUAUAUCAAUAAGUGGCAAGCUAUAAUACCAAAGAGUGACAUACCUAACUAUUUUACUUCUUCAACUAGAGUUCAACUUACUUCUUGGAGUUCUAAUGAAUCACUCGUAGUAACUGUAAUGUAA